AUCCCUCAUUUCUGGUCUGUUUGGUUCUGUUCUGAUAAAUUCUACUCUGUUUUAUUGUUGCAUUGGUUGCUGAUCUUUAGCAAGAUGCGUGUGCUUCUCCUGAAAGAGCCAAGAGAGGAACAUUCUGGACCAGAUCCUUACAUAAAGGAGCUGAUAUCGUAUGGACAUGAAGCAACCUUAAUUCCUGUACUGUCUUUUAAAUUUGUCUCAUUGAAUACUUUGUCAGAUAAGCUUUUCCAACCAGACAAACAUGGAGGACUCAUUUUUACCAGCCCCAGAGCAGUGGAGGCUGUGAGAAUGUGUCUGAAAACGGAGGAACGAGGAGAAGAAUGGAACAGCUGCAUAAAAGACAGAUGGAAUGCCAAGUCUGUCUAUGUGGUUGGAAAGGCGACUGCAGCAUUAGUACGGGAUCUGGGUCUGAAUCCACUGGGAGAGGACACUGGGACGGCAGACGUUCUGUCACGUCUUAUACUUGAACGAGAGGACACAAAUAUUUUACCACUUCUCUUCCCUUGUGGUUCGAUCAAACGAGAAGUCUUGCCCACGGCUCUGAGGGAAAAUGGAGUGCCCCUGGAGACGCUGACUGUCUAUCAAACAGCAGAACAUCCCGAUCUGGAGAAGAAUCUGAAAAACUAUUUCACAGAGCAGGGCAUACCGGCUAGUGUGGCCUUCUUCAGUCCGUCAGGGGUGAAGUUUUGCCUAGAAGUGGUCCGGAGGCUGUCAGGUGAAGAGCUGACUCGGAUAAAGUUUGCAGCCAUAGGGCCGACCACAGCGGAUGCCAUGGUAGCAGAGGGCCUACGUGUCAGUUGUGCUGCAGACAGGCCGACGGCUGAGCACCUUGCUGCAGGAAUAGCCAAGGCCCUCCAGUAAAUGACCGUCAUCUCCAACCACUCGAAUCCAUCCUCUUUGUCUCUAUAGCUCUCUGUGUUGUUUGCCUGCUGGCACUGGCUUCUUUUGUGCAAUUUAUAAAGUGCGUUUGCUUAUUUAUUUUUAGGCCUGUUUUAGACAAUCUGCAAUUUAUUUUUUAAAUAAAUUUCAACUACUAAGUUGAUGCAAA